AUGUCUCAAAGAAUAACUGUUUCUAGAGAAGAAAGCGACGAUACGAUCAUGAAUAUCAGACACACACAGUGUAGAGCAGUAAAGAAUAUUAUUCGGAAAAUAAACGCAUUUAAUCAAAAUGAGCCAUACUAUCGAGCGUAUGUAAAGCGAGGAACUAAAAACAGUCAGCUCUGGCGGCUUGGAAGAACGAUCUCGUUGAUAGUGUGUUCAAUCCUGCUCUACAACAUUAUAUUUGGAUAUCCUGCCAGUGGAUGCUAUCAAGAACCUUCGUGGCUAGCUUGCGCAAUUGGAAAAAUCUUGCAAAUAGAGGAUCGCGUAUACUUUUGAUAAGGAGCGUAUGUA